AUGGCAGCCGUUGGACCAUCAUCAAGAUCUUCCAAUGCCUAUGAUGAAAGCCAUCUCACUCUCUAUAUUACCCUAUCACAGAUAUUUUCAAUAUGGGUGGUCCCAUUCCACGUCUCUCCAGUCAAACUCACCACGGUCAUCAACCUCACCACGGAUUCUGGAGUCCAGAAGCCCUCUAUGGUGAACGGCGAUCAUACCCUCUACUACAUCGCCAAGCAAGAAGAUCUGUACCAAGUCUCGGAAUGGAUCAAGUUUGUGGUUCCCCAUGUCGGGCAUCUCUUUGUUCUUGCUUUUCAAUCCUUUGCGACUCUCUUCUGUAUACUUGGUGUUGCCAUCUUCUAUCCUAUCAUGUGGCUGGAGGAGAGACGGGUUAUUCCCUACAAGAUGUUGCGCAAGGGAAACCUUGUGUACAAUAUUGAGAGAAAGAUACCAGAGAUUAAGAAAGAAUGA